GAUUAGCUGCGCGCGUUCAGCCAGCGAAACUUCAAAACGGAUUCAGUUUUAUUUCAGCAUUCGUCGACCUCGCAGUUGUACCGUUGAUUACUCGAGUGAUUAUAGUGCAUUAGGUGACGGUAUUUAGUUCACAGAUCGAAACGUGGUUUGUUGUGAAGGCGAGUGUGUGUGCGUGUGUUUCUGAACGGUUUAAUAAUUAUAGAAUAACAACAGCACAAUCAUGGCUUGUCCGUACGCUAAUGGAAAUGGUUCAACGCAUGACGACAACGCACAACCCUUGGGCGCUGAGAUUGGCAUGAUCUAUGGUGAAUACUUAAUGUUGGAUAAGGUUUUAAGCGCACAACGUAUGCUCUCCGAGGUGGACAAUCGGCCGGUGCAUGAUGAGCAUCUAUUUAUUGUUACCCAUCAAGCUUACGAAUUAUGGUUCAAGCAGAUAAUAUUUGAACUCGACUCCAUACGUGAAAUGUUGAACAUAGAGGAUAUGGAGGAGUCGAAAACGCUGGAGAUUUUAAAGCGCUUAAAUCGCAUAGUACUCAUACUCAAGUUACUGGUCGAUCAAGUACCCAUUUUGGAGACGAUGACACCGCUUGAUUUCAUGGACUUUCGCACAUAUCUUGCACCUGCUUCCGGCUUUCAGAGUCUACAGUUUCGUUUGAUAGAGAAUAAACUUGGCGUCAAGACCGAACAACGUGUUAAAUACAAUAAAAAAUACUCAGAGGCCUUCAGUCAUGAGGCAGCAGCAUUGGAAGCACUAGAAAAAUCCGAGAACGAGCCAUCAAUGCUGGAAUUAAUACAAAAGUGGUUGGAACGUACACCGGGUCUGGAAAAGGACGGUUUCAAUUUCUGGGCGAAAUUUGAGGCGAGCGUUGAGAAAUUCUUAGCACAGCAAGUGCAAGCAGCGAUGCAAGAACCUGUCGAAGCGGCACGCAACUACUAUCUCAUGGACAUUGAAAAGCGACGCGAGGUCUAUCGCAGCAUAUUCGAUCGUGAUGUGCACGAGGCGCUGGUGUCGCGUGGCGAUCGUCGUUUCAGCUAUAAAGCACUGCAGGGCGCCAUUAUGAUCACGUUUUACCGUGAUGAGCCACGCUUCAGUCAACCGCAUCAGAUGCUAACCCUGCUGAUGGACAUUGAUUCGCUUAUAACGAAAUGGAGAUAUAACCACAUGAUUAUGGUGCAACGCAUGAUUGGGUCACAACAGCUGGGCACCGGCGGCUCUUCGGGUUACCAGUAUUUGCGCUCCACGUUAAGUGAUCGUUACAAAGUGUUCUUGGAUUUAUUCAAUUUGUCAACAUUUCUUAUUCCACGCGAUGUCAUACCUCCACUGGAUGUCUCCAUGCGAAAGGAGUUAAUUAAUUGAUAUUAAUAUUUAUUUAAAACAAAUGAAUGCGCGAUAUUCACAGUUAUGUUAAUGAACAUAUUUUAUAAUUCCAAUAACUCUGUAGGUAGCAUACAUACAUACAUAUACGUAUAUAAUAUUAUAAAUAAUUUCCAAACUCACAAAUUCAUCUUAAUGGCUACUUACGGAUUUCGCUUCACUUUAAUUGUAUGGAAAUUGAUUAAUUUCCCCGAAAUUAUUUUGUUUACAUUAAAAUUAAAAACUUUUCUAUGAAGGCGAUUUUAUUUUGCAGGAAUCUUCGAGCCAAUUAUAAUGAAAACAAGAAAAAAAUCAAAUAAAAUUUACAGGAA